AUGCCGUAUACAACAAAGCAGACGCGGCUGACCCGCGCGGAGAGAGAGUUCUCCCCACCGGGUGUGCCGGAGCCCCACUACCCCAUGCUUUACCCCGACUUCACGCACUUUCGUAUCCGCCGCGACGAAGAAAUUAGACUGGUUGACGAUCAUGCGAAGCGCGAAAACGGGUUUGGAGUGUGGACCAGAACCGCAUUUUGGACUUGA